AUGAGCACAACGUGGUAUCUCCCUUAUCGGGGACUUCCACCUGAAAUUAUCAUCGAAAUUAUCGGCAAACUCAUUAACGACUACCGAGCGUUGUACUAUGUGGGGUUUUGCAACAAGUUCAUGUACGACUUGUCUGUCCGACUACUCUAUCGCAAAAUGCACAGCUUUCUUGCUACUCAAUCCGUGGACUACAAAACCGACGCACGGACUAAGAGAAUCGCCAUCAGAGCGAUGCGUUCUCUCCUAAACAAUUUACACCUUGGGGUAUAUGUCCACGAAUACACCAUUGAGGAUCCUCCACCGCAGCUUGGCCAGAGUGCCGUCCCAAUAGAAGGCCUGCGUCGAGGACUUUAUGCCAUGGUCAAUUUGAAGCAUUUGACCAUCGAAACCUUUAAUGCCAGGGAGAGGUGGAAGUUGUUGUUUGAUCUUGAUCAUCCGCGAUACGGACUCACACUGAACUCUGAUCAUUCCAUCGACUGGUCAGCAAGUCUAAAUGUCCCUUUCCAUCUGGAGACUUUUACUUGUAGGGGAUAUGAAGCCCAUACACACUGCACAAUUUCACAGGCGGACCUGAACUCUUUCCUCAAGACACAACCUGGACUUAGAAAAAUCGACAUCCAGUUAGACGAAGCCAGUUGGGAGCGUAGGAUUUCUCAGAAAACUGGGGGUGUCGAUAGAAAACCGCUCCAAAUAUUUCCCUCUGCGUCUACAUGCUGUCCUGAGUUGGAAUGGGUAGUUGGAGAUCGAGCCGCCAUUGAGUCUCUCCUUCCGGGAAGGAAAGUGCGCGUUGUCCAGUGGAAACAUUGCCGGAACGAUUCUGGAGGCUCUAUUCACCAUCUUGCAAAAGAACUAGCUCUCGUAGAAGUUCUGGCUUUGCCUGAUUCCGGAAUCCGAGGUAUAGAUCCACCUGUGGUUCAAAUGGCACCGUAUAUGCAAGAUCUAAAAUACCUGGAGGUUUCAAAUAAGACUUCCGUCUCUCAUAGGAAUCGUGAUCCUAAAUUCAGACAAUCGAAACAGGCAUCCACCAAUGGAAGUAGCAGCUCGCAGUAA